CGCGGCUUCAGCCGGAGCGGGAGGGGCGUGGUUAUGCAAAUGUUUAUUAUAGGGGGAGUGUUUGAUUUGUGUGGGCGUGGCUAUGCAAAUCCGAGGGCGAUGGCGCGCUGGGAUUGGUGGGUGGGAGGAGCGCGGUGGUUCCCCCGUCACGUGAGGGCCGCGGGGGACCGGAGCGAUGGCGGCGGCGUCCGAGACCGAGCGGCUGCUGAGCCGCGGCCCCGGUUACGGCACGGCCGAGGCGGCCCCGGCGCCGGUGCCGGUACCGGGAGAGGAGGAAGAGGAGGAGGAGGAGGAGCUGCGGCGCCGCCUCAAGUAUUUCUUCAUGAGCCCCUGUGACAAGUACCGGGCCCGCGGCAGGCGGCCCGUGAAGCUCGCGCUGCAGCUCGCCAAGAUCGUCCUUGUCACCGUGCAGCUGAUCCUGUUCGGGCUCAGCAACCAGCUGGUGGUGGCCUUCAAGGAGGACAACACGGUGGCCUUCAAGCACCUGUUCCUCAAGGGCUACGAGGACGGCGCCGAUGACACCCAGGCCAUCUACACCCGCGGGGACCUCCUGGAGCACCUGGCCUUCGUCCUCGAGAAGUACCUGGCUGUCCCCAACGAGACCCUGGGCCGCUACGCCUACGGUGGCACCGGGGGUGGCACCGAGGGUGGCCCCGGGCUCCGGCUGUGCCAGCGCUUCUUCCGCAGGGGGGACAUCGACCCCGGCAACGACACCUUCGACAUCGACCCCGGCGUGGUCACCGAGUGCCUGGGGCUGCACCCUGGGGACCCCCAGCCCCCCGUGCUGGACGGCCCCGACAGCAACUUCACCCUCCAGUUCCACAGGCUGAUCAAUGUCACCGUGGAGUUCCAGCUCAAGGCCAUCAACAUCCAAACGCUGCUGAACCACGAGAUCCCCGACUGCUACACCUUCAGUGUCACCGUCACCUUUGACAACAGCGCCCACAGCGGGCGAGUGCGGAUCCGCCUGGACACCCACGCGGCCAUCCGGGAGUGCCACCACCCCUCGCUGCCCGGCCCAGGUGACAGCUGGCGGCGCCUGGCCUUCGACGUGCUGGUGACAGCCGUGUGCUCGCUGUCCCUGGUGCUCUGCGCCCGCUCCAUCGCCCGCGGGCUGCUGCUGCAGAGGGAGUUCAGCCGGUUCCUGCGGCGGCGCCGCGCCGUCCCGCUGUCGCUGUCGGGCCGCCUGGAGUUCCUGAACGGCUGGUACCUGCUGCUGGUCACCAGCGACCUCCUGACCGUGCUGGGCACCGUGCUCAAGAUCGGCAUCGAGGCCAAGAACUUCUCGGGGUACGACGUGUGCAGCAUCCUGCUGGGGACAUCGACGCUGCUGGUGUGGGUCGGGGUCAUCCGGUACCUGACCUUCUUCCAGAAGUACAACAUCCUGAUCGUGACGCUGCGCGUGGCGCUGCCCAACGUGAUGCGCUUCUGCUGCUGCGUGGCCGUCAUCUACCUGGGCUACUGCUUCUGCGGCUGGAUCGUGCUGGGCCCGCACCACGUCAAGUUCCGCUCGCUGUCCAUGGUGUCCGAGUGUCUCUUCUCGCUGGUCAAUGGCGAUGACAUGUUCGCCACCUUCGCGGCGCUGCGGCCCAGCGGGGCCCUGGUGUGGCUCUUCAGCCAGGUGUACCUGUACUCCUUCAGCGCCCUCUUCAUCUACAUGGUGCUCAGCCUCUUCAUCGCCCUCAUCACCGGCUCCUACGACACCAUCAAGAACCAGUCGGAGGCUGCCCCCCCCGUGUCGGAGCUGCAGGCCUUCAUCGCUCAGUGCCGGGACAGCCCCGCUUCCGGAAAGUUCCGCCGGGACAGCUCCGGCUGCUGCCCCGGCCUCGGCUGCUGCCCCCGGGCCCCCGUGCAGGACAACGCUCUCCUGGUGAACUGAGGGGACACCGAGGGGACACCGAGGGGGGACACCCCAAAACCUUCCACAUUUUUAUUUAUUUUAUUUUAUUUUAUUUUAUUUUCUGCUUUUACCUGCCCGGGACCCCAAAUUUGGGAGCCCCAGGAUGGAUUUUUGGGGGGGGGAGGGGUUGGGACUUUGGGGUCCCCAAAUCCAUUUUUGGGGACAUUUUGGGGUCCCUGAAUCUGCUUUUGGGGACGUUUUGGGACCCCCUGUUCAUUUUCUGGGGGGUAAAUUUGGAACCUUGGCACCCCCAAAUCCGUUUUUGGGGACACUUCAGGACCUUGUCCCCGUCCUUGGGGUCACCGGAGCGGCUCUGGGACCCAAAAAUGUCCCUUUUCACCCCAAAACGGGGCCGUGGCCAUAGCGGGGGUGGGGGGAGGGGAAAGUUUGUGUCCCCAAGGGGACAAUAAAGGUGACCUGGGACACGA